CAUUUUGGCUCCAAGCCUUCGACCUCCGAGCAAGUCCGCAUGAUCCUCAUCGGUCCUCCCGGCGCCGGCAAGGGCACACAGGCUCCCAAUAUCAAGGAGAAGUUCAACUGCUGUCAUUUGGCAACGGGCGAUAUGUUGCGGUCCCAGGUCGCCAAGAAGACCCCCCUCGGUCGCGAGGCCAAGAAGAUCAUGGACCAAGGUGGCCUGGUCAGCGAUGACAUUGUCAUUGGCAUGAUCAAGGAGGAGUUGAAUAACAACCAGGAGUGCAAGGGAGGUUUUAUCCUCGACGGCUUCCCGCGCACAGUUCCCCAGGCUGAGGGCCUCGACGCCAUGCUCAAGGAGCGCAGCCAGAAGCUGCAGCACGCUGUGGAGCUGCAAAUUGACGACGCCCUGCUGGUUGCGCGCAUCACGGGCCGCCUCGUCCACCCGGCUUCGGGUCGCUCCUAUCACACUACCUUCAACCCGCCCAAAAAGCCCAUGACCGACGACAUCACCGGCGAGCCCCUGAUCCAGCGGUCCGACGACAACGCCGAUGCCCUCAAGAAGCGCCUCGAGACCUACCACAAGCAGACCACCCCCGUCGUGGGCUACUACCAAAAGACCGGCAUCUGGAAGGCCGUCGACGCCAGCCAGGAACCCGGCCAAGUGUGGAAGUCCCUGCUGGCCAUCUUCGACGGCGACGCCGCCAAGGCCGGCUCAAGCGGUUCUGGCCUUCUGAGCAAGCUUACCGGAAAAUAAGGGCGCCCUAAACCAGAGAACCUGCUCACGGCUCGACCAGAAAAGUACCAUUCAAAAUACAAAAGACGAGAAGAGAGCUCAUCUAGUGGCACUCAAAGACUUACUAGAAACUCAAUGGAAUCUGGAUUAGAUCAAAAUCAAUGAUGACAUCACGAGGCUACCGAGGGCGUGUCUCAAGGCUUCGGGGCCUUCUCUCUAUUUUCCCGGGACAGGAUCACUUUGCUUUGAAGGCGCUGGGGUAGAAACCGAGGCUUCAACUGCAUGGCUCGUGCAAGUGCCAGAAAAAGGGUGGGCCUAUCGUUGUAUACCCUGGCAUUUUGGCAGUGUUGUAGAUUGUUGAUUUACGCCCCGUGUAUGUUAUCUUCUGAAAAAGUUACUUGUUCUAGAACAAGCUCUGGGUAAUCGACCACCGAACGCGACCUUGGUCCAAGCCUGCAUCAGGAUUCUGUUAUAGUCCUCUCCUAUUCAUCAAAUGCAUUUGGAGGCUUUGGGCCGAC